CACUCCGUCGCCGCCACGCUCGGCGUCGCCGGCGCCUCCUCGUCCACGAUCCUCCUAUCGCCGCCGCCUAACCUCCGCGCCCCGAAUAUCUGCGCCUCGUCCAGCGAGUCCCUUCGCCUGUACAUCGGGUACGACGUCGUUUGUGUCGAGAAACUCUCCAGCUCGAACAGAUCCGAGCUGGCGUCGCUCCCCAUGUCGUCAUCCGUGCUCGCCACCACCAUCCGUCCGAUCGGACUCCCCGGCUUGAACAGAUGCCGACCGCCGCCGAUUCCCGCCGGCUGGAACACCUCCAGCGAGUCCCUCGGUGGAUCCUCCUCCACCGGGCGGAUCCCCCUCACUGUCUGGGUCGGGUUCUUCAAUACCGGGAACGAGAACCCUCCCGACCCGUCCACGAACGCCCGACCCGACGCCGAUAUCCUCUGCUGCCUCGGCAGCGGCGGAUCCGGCGCCGCCACGUGUCGGACGACGUCACCGCCUUUGACCCGAGGCCCUCUCGACCGGGCCCACAGUAGCCUCCUUGACCCGAACCGAUUUCUUUCCUGUGCAGCAGCACUUGCGCCCGAAGAUCCACUUCUUGCCGGAGCUCUUCCUCUGAAGACCGUGAUCUCCAGAGGUGGCCAAGUUUUUCACGGUGACCGCCGCGGAUCCCGGCGGGUUGGCCAACAAGCCCGUCUGGCUGUUCCAGCUGGCCUCCGACGAGGCAGUCGGGGUCGCGUUGAAAGACCUCGUUCGAAAAUUCCGGCCGUACCCUUCGGAGGAAACCGACGACAACCUCGGAUCUUGAAUAUUGUUAAAUAUUUAUGGGCGUCGAAGAUGCUUAUCUCGGGCUCCUCAUCGUCGUUGUCCUUGGGUUUGACGUAA